UCCUCCUUCCAGCGCCCAUCGCCCUCCUUCCUUCUUCUUCCCACCGAUCGUCAUCACAUUGGUACUAGUACUCCUGGUAGGCUAGCAACAGGAGCCACCUUCUUGCUGCCAUGGACAAGCAGAGCGUCGUGUGGAGACAGCUGCACCAUCAGCAGCAGCAGGCCGGCGGCGCGGCGGGCGGCAAUGCCGUCGCUGGCGCCGGUGCGGCGACGACGACGACCGCGCCCGUCCGGCCGAGCGGCGCGCGGUGGACGCCCACGCCGGAGCAGGUCAAGAUCCUCAAGGACCUCUACUACGACUGCGGCAUCCGGUCGCCCACGGCGGAGCAGAUCCAGCGGAUCGCGGCCCGGCUCCGGCAGUACGGCCGGAUCGAGGGCAAGAACGUCUUCUACUGGUUCCAGAACCACAAGGCCCGCGAGCGCCAGAAGAAGCGCCUCGGCGUCGACGUCAACGCCUCCCCCCUCGCCGCCGCCGCCGCCGACGUCCUCGCCCUCUCCCCCUCCGGUGCGGCGGCCGGCUUGUACGGCGCCGGCAACUGCGGCGGUCGCGGCGCGGCCGUCCAUCCUGAUGCGAGCGCCACCACCACUUGCUGGGGAGACAGCACCCUGCAGGAUUACAUGGGCGCGAGGAGCACGGCGGGAGCGGGCAACCACGGCGGCGCCGCCACAGCACCUACGCCGUGGCCAGCGAGCUUCCCUUUCUCCACCAACCAGACGCCGCGGGAGCUCCCGCUCUUCCCGACCGGCGGAGGCCGGCAAGAAAGCGCGGACGACUUCCACGGCGGCGGCUACCAUCACCAGCCCAACAACUCGCAGUGGUGGGGAGCUGCCGCCGCCAGCAACACCAACGCCAUGGCCGUCCAUCACCAGCAUCAUCACCACCAGCUGCAGCAGCAGCAUUUGCAAGAACAGCAGCAGCCGCAGCACAGCUUUUACAACAGCAGCGGCAACCAGCAGCAGAUGAUGAUGAUGAUGCCCGUCCAGGACGCCGGCACCUCCCUGGAGCUCACUCUCCGUGCCCCUUACAUGUGAGGGCUGUCCUUGCCUACUGCUCCCAGAGUGCUCCCGUCAUUGUCCUAUGCAUGAUCCUAUCUAUCUACUCGUACUAGUUACUUACAGUUAGAAGCAGUAUGUGGAAGCAUGUCCAUGUCUGGAACUUGUAGGGUUUAAUGGUAGUGUGGUCCCUAAACCCUCAAACUGGUAGUGCACUCUGCACUGCAUGCCAAAUGCAACAGGCAGUGCAUGGUGCAGCAACCAGUGUGUGUGGUGAGUUUGCUACUGUUUGGUUGCUUACUUGGUUGUAGCCAAAGUCCAAAGCGUGUGUGUGUGUGCCCGGGGCAAAGUGUGUGUGGGUACUAGCGCGCUUGUCACAGGAGGAGGUAGCACCAUUGGUGUCAAGCUUGUCUCUCCCGUUGGUGCCCUUCCAGAUAGAGGAAAAAGUUAUCCUCCGGUCUGAUCACCUGUUGAGAUUUAUGGACUGUGGGUUC